UGCCAGUCAGUGCCGCCUAUCAGUGCCAGUCAGUGCCGCCUGUCAGUGCCAUCAGUGCCGUCUAACAGUGCCAGUCAGUGCCGCCUAACAAUACCAUAUAUCAGUGCUGCCUUUCAGUGCCCAUCAGUGAUGCCUGUCAAUGCCCAUCAGUGCCACCUAGCAGUGCCUCCUCAUCAGUGCCACCUAUCAGUGUCCAUCAGUGAAGUCUAUCACUGCCCAUCACUGCAGCCUCAUUAGCGCACAUCAGUGAAGGAGAAAAAUCACUUAUUUACAAAAUUGUAUAA